AUGGCGGCGGAGGGAGGAGGGAAGGAGCAGGCGAACGAAAUUAAAACACAAUUCAACACUAGAGAAGGCAUUUACAGACUCCUGAGCCACUCCGAGUAUAGCCGGCCCAACAGGGUGCCCUUCAACUCACAAGGCUCCAAUCCGGUCCGGGUGUCGUUCGUCAAUGUGAACGACCAGUCCGGGAACGGGGAGAGAAUCUGCUUCAAUGUGGGCCGAGAGCUCUACUUUUACAUCUACAAAGGCGUGAGAAAGGCAGCAGACCUGAGUAAACCCAUAGACAAAAGGAUCUACAAAGGAACGCAGCCCACAUGUCACGACUUCAACCCGGUCACAGCCACGGCCGACAGCGUGUCCCUGCUCGUGGGCUUCUCUGCGGGACAGGUGCAGCUCAUCGACCCCAUCAAGAAGGAAACCAGCAAGCUGUUCAACGAAGAGAGGCUGAUAGACAAGUCCAGAGUGACGUGUGUGCGCUGGGUGCCAGGCUCAGAGACUCUGUUCCUCGUGGCGCACUCCAGUGGCAGUUUGUACCUAUACAAUGUGGAGAACACGUGUGGCACCACGGCGCCACACUACACGCUGCUUAAACAAGGUGACAGCUUCUCCGUGCACACGUGUAAGAGCAAGAGCCCCCGCAACCCACUGCUCCGCUGGACUGUAGGCGACGGGGCGCUCAAUGAAUUCGCCUUUUCUCCGGACGGAAAGUUCCUGGCUUGUGCCAGUCAGGAUGGGUACCUGCGCGUGUUUGGCUUUGACGCGGCUGAACUCCAUGGGACCAUGAAGAGCUACUUCGGGGGUCUGUUGUGCGUCUGCUGGAGCCCCGAUGGACGAUACCUGGUGGCAGGAGGAGAGGACGACCUGGUCACGGUCUGGUCCUUCUCAGAUUGCCGCGUGAUUGCACGAGGACACGGACACAAGUCCUGGGUGAGUGUGGUGGCCUUCGACCACUGCACCUCCAGUGUGGAGGAAGGGGCGGAGCUUAGCGGCAGUGAUGAUGACUGUCCAGAGCCCAGAGAGAACUGUGGCCUCUCACACAGGAACUCCACGGAGAGCCGCGCGCUCACCGUCACCUACAGGUUUGGAUCAGUAGGACAGGACACUCAGCUGUGUCUGUGGGACCUGACUGAGGACGUGCUGUUCCCCCACCUGCCCCUGUCCCGCACACGGACUCACACCAACGUGAUGAGUGCCACGAGCCUGUGCGGAGCGGGACAGACCACCGCAGCACAGACCACCCCCACUGCUGCUCUCACCUCUGCCCCCCCCACCACCUCCCCUGUCCCCCCCGCCGCUGGCAUCAACGGUAAAGACGAUGGCAGCAACAGCAGUGCGAGCGGAAAUUCUGCUAGCUCCCUUGGCGUGAGUAAGUUUGCGACUCUGUCUCUGCACGACUCUCGAAAGGAGCGCCAGGAGAAGGAGCACCGGCGGAACCACAGCCUCCCGCAGCUGGGCACCGCGGCUCGGACCAAAGCGGAGAACGCAAAGACCCUGGGCACCUCGCUCUGCCCGCGCAUGGAGGAGGUACCGCUGCUGGAGCCACUGGUGUGCAAAAAGAUAGCGCACGAGAGGCUGACGGUGCUGAUCUUCCUGGAGGACUGCCUGGUGACAGGCUGCCAGGAAGGCUUCAUCUGCACGUGGGCGCGGCCGGGAAAGGUGGUGAGCGAGCGUGCCGUGGAAGACACGCUCAUGUAG